UAUUGUUGUUGUUAUUAUUAUUAUUAUUAUUAUUAUUAUUGUUUUUCGUGUAUUGUUCACCUCUUGCCUUUUAUAGUUUUUAAACAUCCACUUCCGGUGUCGUUGUGGUAAACGCGCUAGUGUUCCGUCCUCGUCUCAAAAAGAACCUUUCAUGAUGAAAUUUAAUUUUGGAUAACAGCAUUAUGGAAGCGUUUUUCACGUCCUUCAACAUUUGGUCUCGUUUUGUCAAGAUGACAGGCACUUGAACAUUUCCUAACGGCGAUUGGCUGCCUUAUAAGCUUUCUGAUUUUUUUUUAAACAGUUUUUCUGCCAUAACAAUAAUGGAAGGAGUGCUGUACAAGUGGACUAAUUAUAUGACAGGAUGGCAGCCACGCUGGUUUGUUUUGAACAAUGGAAUCAUUUCCUAUUACGACUCACAAGAUAAUGUGUGCAAAGGCAGUAAGGGCAGCAUAAAGAUGUCAGUGUGUGAAAUUAAAGUUCACCCGACUGAUAAUACCAGACUGGAGCUGAUCAUACCAGGAGAGCAGCAUUUCUACGUGAAAGCCGUAAAUGCAGCCGAAAGACAGAAAUGGCUGGUGGCGCUAGGAAGUUCGAAGGCUGGGCUUACUGAUACAAGAACCAAAAAAGAGAGAGAAUUAACAGAGACCACUGAGUCUUUGAAAACCAAGAUGUCAGAACUGCGUCUGUACUGUGACUUACUAAUGCAGCAGGUUCACACCAUCCAAGAGUCGGUGGAGCAGGAGGGAGACCUUGCUGAGACAAAGAAUGAGGCAUCAUCUUUGCUGAGUGCCACAUGCAAUACCUUCAUUCAGACACUGGAGGAAUGUAUGAAGAUCGCUAAUUUGAAGUUCCAGACAGACAUGCUGCAGUCGAGUCCUUCAGACCCACUAAUGUCACCUGUCUCCCCGUCUCCCAUCCAAAUGGCCAGAAUGAAACGCUCCAUCAGCCAUCCAGGCACAUAUAGCUAUGACAGGUCCAGUGUGCUGAUAGAUCACAGGUCAUCGCAGAGACGCAUACGGACAUGCUCAGAUACAGAGGCUGUCAGUGACAGAGAUGCAGAGGAGAGUCCCAUGCUGUUGCCCAAAGCCAGUGUAAACGGUGACACUGCACCAGUAAUUCCUGAAGAGAUCGGCACGGGGACGUGUUUAAUCAUGGAAACAGACACUCCAGAGUCAGACUUGUCACUUUGAGUUCAGCUUUUUCGGAGUACACGAGCAGGAGGAAAUAUGCUGAUGUGCAGCUACUGUUUGCAGCACCGCGUUACUGGUGUUUAGGAAGUAUUAUUUCCCUCAGUGGAGAAUUUUGUUGCACUUUAAUAAGAAAAUGGCAGAAAGCAAAGUUUGAAUAUUUGUAUUUUUUUUCCCCUUUUAACUUGCUUUGUUUUCUGGAUAAAUAUUGUUCGAUUUGUGAUAUGCAAGCCUGUCGGUGAAGAGUAUAGAAAUCCACUUUGGAUUCCGUAAGUGACGUGUAGCCUUUUGUGAAGAGAUCUCUGAGUAAGGUUUUAGUUGCAGUGCCAAAUGAGUGGCAAUACUGUGCGUAUACUGACAGGUAAUUACUACGAAGGUUCCUUCUUUUUUUUUUUUUCCCUCAAAACUUCUGUAUAAUUUGCUGAGUGAAAAGUCAACACUGAUGCACGAAAACCUCUAAAACGUUACAAAUGUAUGUAUGUCACCUUGAAGGCUGUUUUAUGGUAAGAGUUUAAUCUUUGGUCCUUGCUGGGAUUCAUCGAUUACAUUUUGUACUUUUGUACAUAGAUGUACAAAAUACAGGCUUUUGUAUUGGUUAUGUAGAGAGUAUGGAAAAAAAUGAAGAAAUACUGUAAUUCUUUUGAUUUGCUACAAAAAAAUCUAAACAUAUAAAACCACACUUGUAAUUUGAAUGAAAAACAAAAUGUCUCUCACCGCACUUCAGUCCGUAUCACAAAUCUUGUUUUAAGAAAAUGUAUUUAACUGAGCAAAUUAUGCUGACAUUUUGAAAAAUCAAUGGAAUUUCUCAUUACUUUAAUGCUUCACUUUUGUUGUGCACUUGGCAUGCUCCAGUGUUUACGAAGUUAUUAUGCAAGUAUACACUUUUUUAUUUAUUAAGUUGCCAGAUGUUACCAGUCAUUUCCCACUUAUAUAAAUCAUUUUGCCUUAAAAUCAAUUCUUCGCAUGGAGGAAUUUGAUGUGUUGAUAUGUUUAAUGGAAGAAAAAAAUGCAUUAAAUGUACACAGGAUGAUUUUUUUUAACUUGUACCUGGCAUUUCAGCUGAACAUUCUACCUGAUAAUGAAAUGGAGAGAGUGAAUUGCACAUUGUUUACACAUUAUUUACUCAACAAAUCCAAUCCCCCAAAGAAGACAGGAAAACUGUAUUUGAAAUGAUGAUAUGACAAUACAGAAGAGGGUUUGGUUUUAUUUAGGAGUUCUGAUUCAUAACUGUAAGAAUUAACAUCACAGAAUAAAUAUAUUUUCAAGUGAAUCAGCAACUUUUACAUAAUAAGCAACAUAAUUCUCAGCUAAAAUAGUAACAGAAAGAUACAACCUGAUGUAUGCUUCCUUCCUUCAAAAUUUAUGUUUUCUUUUAUGAUUUUGUAAUCUUUAGGAAGACACUUUUACAGCAGCUUAAAGAGAAUAAAGUAGUUUUGGAGUAUAA